AUGGAGAGAGAGAACGGGACUGGCCUCUUUGAGUUCCUCCUCUGGGGCCUCUCGGAGCGGCCGGCACAGCAACGUGUCCUCUUCCUGCUGUUUCUGUGGAUGUACGUGGUCACCGUGGCGGGGAACCUGCUCAUUGUCCUGGCCAUCAGCACCAAUGAGCGCCUCCACACUCCCAUGUACUUCUUCCUAGCCAGCUUGUCCUGGACAGACAUCCUCUUCAUCUCCACCACCGUGCCUAAGGCCCUGGCGAGCAUCCACACCCACAGCAGGGCCAUCUCUUACCUGGGGUGCCUGGCUCAGCUCUACUUCUUCCUGACAUUUGGGGACAUGGACAUUUUCCUGCUGGCCACCAUGGCCUAUGACCGCUACGCGGCCAUUUGCCAUCCUCUGCACUACAAGGUGAUCAUGAGCUUGCGACGCUGCGUGCUCCUGGUGACCACCUGCUGGGUCCUCACCACACUCGUGGCCAUGACUCAUACCUUUCUCAUUUCCCGGCUAUCUUUCUGCACCACGAAGGUCAUUCCCGACUUCUUCUGUGACCUGGGACCCCUGAUGAAGGUGGCUUGCUCUGACACCCGGGCCAACGAACUGGUGCUUCUCUUCUUGGGGGGUGCUGUCAUCUUAAUCCCAUUUCUGCUCAUCCUGGCCUCUUACAGCCGCAUCGUAGCCACCAUCCUCAGAGUUCCCUCUGCCCAGGGGAAGCGCAAGGCUUUCUCCACCUGUGGGUCCCACCUGGCUGUGGUGGCUCUGUUUUUUGGGACAGUGAUCAGGGCUUACCUGUGUCCCUCAUCCUCUUCCUCCAACUCAGUGGAGGAGGACACAGCGGCUGCUGUCAUGUACACGGUGGUCACUCCCCUGCUGAACCCAUUCAUCUAUAGCCUGAGGAACAAGGACAUGAAGCAGGCCCUGGGCAGACUUCUCAGGGGCCAAGUUUCUUUCUCUUGGGGCCACUGA